CUCUGCAACACACAACUCCCAACCCACAACCCUGCAACCUACAACACUGCAACUCGCGUCGUCCGUUACCUCUGAAUUAAUCUUCUCCUCUAAUCAUGGCUGAGAUGCUCAAGCCUACUGACAUUGGGGGGUGGGGUAGAGGAGCUGGGUCGUAUGGAGGCCUUACUGAUGUCGAGUUCAGUUCCCGUUGCCCUCCUACAAUUACGCCCCGGACAAGAAUUAUUGCAGUCUGUGGUGUUAAUGAUUAUAAGCAAGCCUCAUCUCCAGAUGAUGACGGCUGGUUUCAUUCUGAUUUUUAUUUAUUUCACCAUAUUUUCUCUGGUCUUGGGUCAAAUCAAAUAUGGAUGACAUGCGUGGACCCAGCUACUCUCGUUGACAAAUACAGAGAGUUUGUGCAUGGUAAUCCGUUAGAGAUGCGCCGGGUUGUUCUUGAUAGAGAUAUGCUCCCUGACAUCCAGGAACCUGGAAGUAUGCGAGUAGUGGCACCUGAAAUACUUCUAGAUCGCUUCCUUGGUACUGUCGAGUAUGAGUGUAAAGCUGCAACUUGGAACGAUGAACAUGUUCUAAUCCUUAUUUUUGGACACGGGGAUUCAGAAAACUUUGGUGUCGCGAUUGGCGGAAAAUCUACUGUGCUUACUGCACCGCGUCUAACUGUUAAGGAUAUGGCUUCUGCAAUACAGAAUACGAAAAAUGUUGCUGUGUGA